UGUUUGCCAGCCAUGUGAGACCUAUAUAGGAUCUUAUGCUUCUCAUACCGGACUUCAUGUCAGAGCCAGCCUCUCUGACGGAAUGUCUUGACACCGACCUUCUUGUUGCUGAUAAUUAUGAUGAUGAUGAUUAUUUAGUAACGCAAAGAGCGAAACGAAUUUCUUCAGGCUCUAUUCAAAAACAUUCAAUUAACUUAAUGAGUACUCCAAACGAUUCUUCUUUUCACCGGAGCUGAUGUCCUCUGUUCAUUUGGACCGAGUUGGCGUGCAAGUGGAGGCCGGCUGGGGUGUGCACUGGGCGCGCGGCGGAGCCAUGUGAAGACCGGGGAGCCUGAAUCUUUUAUCGGAGGAAUGACCACCUUGCAGACAGCACGAUUAUGACACUGCUGUUUUCUCCUGCAUGGCCGCACAUUUCCCCACUCGACUUCCCGUUUGCAUCGGGCAAGAGGACGUAAAAGUAAGGGGGACACUGUGCUCUUUCGAGCCGGGAGCCGCUGCGCGCAAUCGGGGCGCUCCUGCAGACUGACGGCGCCCAGAAAGCGGUCAGUGGAACGCUCCAUGCCUCCGAGCCUCAGAUAGACACGUUACCCCGGCGGGAUUCAACGCACCGACGCCUUUUAUAGUCCAUUAUUGUUCCACUCCAAGUCUGCUGCAGAAGAAGAGCACAAAAAGAGUGGGGCAUCUGCAAGUUUACGCGCGUUUGCGCAGGUUCCGGACGAUGGCGUUCCUGGCGAAAGCUGCGCUGCUUCUCCUGGCUGCCACAGUGCCACAAACUGCGUUGUGUGCAGAGGUGGAGGAACGUCUGGUGGGUCACCUGUUGUCGGCAGAUCGCUACAACAAACUGAUCAGACCGGCCGUCAACAACAGCCAGCAAGUCACCAUUUACAUCCAAGUGUCUCUGGCACAGCUCAUCAAUGUGAACGAGAGGGAACAGAUCAUGACCACCAACUGUUGGCUCACUCAGGUGUGGAACGACUACAGAUUAAUGUGGGACCCCGAUGAGUAUGAUGGCAUCAAGAAAAUCCGCCUCCCGACACAACACAUUUGGCUGCCGGACAUCGUCCUUUACAACAAUGCUGACGGCACCUACGAAGUCUCCUUCUACUCCAACGCGGUGGUCUCCAACAAUGGCGAGGUGGCUUGGCUCCCUCCCGCCAUCUACAAGUCGGCCUGCAAGAUCGAAGUCCGCGACUUUCCGUUCGACCAGCAGAACUGCACCCUGAAGUUUCGCUCAUGGACGUACGACCACACCGAGAUCGACCUCAUCCUGCUGAGUGACUUUGCCAGCCGCGACGAUUUUAAACCCAGCGGCGAGUGGGAUAUUGUUUCGCUGCCGGGACGCAAGAACGAAGACCCGGAUGACAUCAGGUACCUGGACAUCACUUACGACUUCAUCAUUAAGAGAAAACCUCUCUUCUACACCAUCAACCUGAUCAUCCCUUGCAUCCUGAUCACAUCUUUGGCCAUUCUGGUCUUCUACCUGCCAUCAGACUGCGGUGAGAAGAUGACGCUGUGCAUCUCUGUGCUUCUGGCCCUCACUGUGUUUUUACUCCUUAUCUCAAAGAUUGUACCGCCCACGUCUUUAGCGGUGCCUCUGAUCGGCAAGUACCUGAUGUUCACCAUGGUGCUGGUCACCUUUUCCAUCGUCACCAGUGUUUGCGUGCUCAACGUGCACCAUCGCUCCCCUAGUACGCACACCAUGCCUCCUUGGGUCAAACGCGUCUUCAUGUACCGACUUCCCUCCUACCUUUUCAUGCGGAGACCAGGCACAUCCAACAUACGUGAAAGGUUCCGCAAAAAACACCAACAGCGAUCGUACUCCGAGAAGAAAGCGGGAGCAGAUGCGGGGACAGGUUCUCCGGGACUGGCGGACUCCUCGUCUUCCUUCUAUGUCAACGAGGAAUCGGCCAAACGCUGCGGCUGGACGUUCAGCGACUUUGCCGACAACACAGAGUUCAGGAGGAGGGCGACACUGAAAAGCAGCAUCGAUGUGGAGGAUGCCGUGGACGGUGUGCGCUACAUUGCGAACAAGAUGAAGAGUGAGGACGACGAUGAAGGGAUCAUUGAGGAUUGGAAGUACGUGGCGAUGGUGAUCGACCGCCUCUUCCUGUGGAUCUUUGUGUUUGUAUGUGUGGUGGGAACUGUGGGCCUCUUCAUGCAGCCUCUGUUCCAGAGUUACAACACCCCCAUUGUUGAAGACAUGGACCAGAACUGAGGGAUGACACCUGUACAUUACCUUAAUUCCGACUCCACUCUGCACAGCGCCAAGCCACUCCUUUUAUCACGUUACGGUUUGCCCACCUCACCUGCCACUCUUGAUGCACUUUAGCCCUCUUCCUUAACACCUGCUCCUGAGCUCACGCCCCAGUCGUUUUUAUCCUCCACAUGUCCUGCCUUCUGAUCAAGCAGGAGAACUGAGAUCUAUCUGAUUUCGAUGACGAGACUGCUGCUCUUGUUGCUUUCAUUGAAUCCAAGUCACUAAGAGUGAGCCUCACUGAAUAGGAUAUUGCUCAGAUCUGCGACCAUGUUUACAGCGUUGGGUCCAAAUUGAUCUUUCUUGUAUGACCCUCCCUGAUUUCAAUGAUACUUUAUAUUGACCCUGGAGUAACUACCAUUCAAGCUUCCACUGAUGGACCUCGAUUGAUGCAAUGGGGCACAGCCAUGCCGAAACAGAAAAGUGGCUUCCACAAACUUACUGAUGCCCAGAACAUUCUGUUAGGAUGAAUAAUUAACAUUUAAAGGGAAACGAAGGGAUGAAAAGUAUGCUCCAAGACUUUAUUACAUCUUUUGUAGUGUAUUGUAGAUUUUCUCAGUGUCAGCAACUAUUUUGAAUUUGUCAUCCUGACUUGCCAAUCCAGUCGUGGAGAUAAAUAUAAAUUCAAAAUGCUAAGUGACGUUUCAACAACAUCUUGUUGAUCUGCACAAAUCAAUAGUCCUGAAAAAUGAGGGAGGCCUGUUCUUCAAUUGCAA